AUGAUCAUCUCUCAACUGCAGAAGCGGUUCUGUUGGUGAGUUUUCAAUAAAGGAAACAAAUAUAAUCGGGAAUAAUAUUAGAAAGUCCUUAAUCAAAAAAGAUUCAAAAAAAUUAUAUACUUCCUCCAAGAAGUUCAGCUACGGAUUCGACUUACAACAGUUUUUAAAACUAAUUUUCAUUAAUUACUUGAUCCAGCUCUUCACAAGGAAAGUGUUUGAGGUGAAAACCGGAGAUCUGGUCCAAACUUCCGUGGUAGAUAGUCUUAAGUAGGAGUGCUCAAAAAUAAAAAUAAUUAUUGACAAAGCCCAAUAAGGUAAGAAAUAGUUUGCCGAAAAUGUACGUGAACAGCUCAAAAACUGAUUCUCUGUGGGUAUUUUUUGCAAAAAACUUCCUUUCCUUAAUUCUUAUGAAUGACUAAAAAGGGAAUGAUUACUGUAGCUCAAAAUAUAAUAAGUUAUGUUAUAUUGAGUUACAGUAGUCAUUCCAACAGCCGAAAAACCAAAAAACUCAGUUUUUCAGCAUUUUUUUUUUCAGUUUUGGAUGGUUUCUUUCUCAGUACCCUUGACGCUUAGUAAAUAAUUAUUCUAAUUUUUAAGUACCCAUACUGAGGACUAACUGUCCCAGAAUUUUUGGACCGCAUCUGCAAUUUUCACUUCAGACCCCCUGAAUUUUUGGACCACAUCUGCAACUUUUUACUUCAAACCCCCCUCUUUCUUGAAACUUGCGGCCUUUAUAACGUCUUGAAAUAACCUUCAAAAAAAUCAAAGAACCUUCAAAAAUAUAUUUAUUCGAAAUUUUAAGGCUAUCCCUAUGGUUCGGCACAACUCUGGCCACAGGAGUACUCUACCGUUUGGUACUGAAUUCUCUGUUUUUCGAAUUUCCAAUCUUCGUCUUAUUAAUUCAGUCUUCUAUCGGCCUCACGAUUUCUCAACUAACUGCGUAAGUUAAAAAUAAGGAAAAUUUCUACCUUUUAAAAUCAGAAACAACAAGACAGAGGAAAAAUGGAGCUUCGCUAAGAUUCGGUAUGAAACCGUUUUGACGACGUUUGCAUUGACUGGAGCGACUUAUCUCAACUAUAUUUCGCUGUACAAGGUGAGAAAAUAUAUCUUUCUAUAUGGUUUAAAAAAAUUUCAUAUCAAACUAUUUAUCAAGCAGUAAAAAAACCCUCAAAAUGUGAAAAAAAUGAUUUCAAAAACGCUUAACCUCAAAAAUAAGGUCGAUUUGAACAAAAAAACACUGAAAAAAAGUUUUUUUAACUUUUAAAAAAAGUCCGAUUUGAAAAAUUCUAUGCUCUAAAAAUGUGGUCGAUAAAAUCGAAAAAAAGAAGAAUUUCAAUAAAUAUGACAUAGCCCAUUUUCAAAAUGUUCAGACUUUCAAAAAAAUUUUUUUAUUUUUUUUGAAAAAUCUUCAUGAAACUGCUUAAGGCCACAUAGUCCAUUCACCGCUAUCUUAAAUUAAAAUUUUGAAAAAUAUCAAUUUUGAUAGCUUCUUUUUUUCCCCACCGUUUUGCAAGCUGUACCAAGACCAAAUUGGUUGAGAAAUCAUUCAUUUGCAGCUAGAAAUACGGCCACGGCGUUUUUUUUUGCGUAAAUUGUCGUGUUUCGUGUGCAUGCACUGCGCCGCUUUCGCGCAGAAAUUCGCGCUUAUGUAGAGAAAUUUCGAUUCGUCUCAAAUAUCUGUGGCAAUAUGACGGCCUGCGCCUUUAAUAUGAUCUGCUAUUUACGCUCUUAGAGCCUAAAUCGCUGCGGUUCCCAUGACGUCACGUGAGAACGGCGGAGGUUUUGGCUCCGCCCACCGUGUUUUUGGUUUCGCAUUUUCUUCCACUAACAAAAACGCCGUGAAGCGUAUCAAACUGCAAAAAAAAAUAUAUAUUCACAGGAAUCAGCAACUUCAAACAUUCUCCGUUACUCCCUGGCCCCGUGCCUCGUCUACUUUUCCCUUCGAACGCUCCGAAAUUCCAGACUCCUGUUGCUAUUGGCUAUCUUCUCAACGAUCAUAGUUUCUUACGCUAGUGAGCUAAAAACUUUUUUGGAAAAGAAAAAUCUUUUUCAGCUUCUCCAACCGUCCCUCUUGUCGAAGUUUCCUUUGAAAGCAGUUCCCUCUAUGGAAUUUCCAAUCUUCUAUUCAGUCUUUUGGCUGUCGCCCUGGUCCGUCAAAGCGUUAAUCAGUUAGUUCUGACUUCCAAGAAUAAAUAAAUGAGAUAGAUUUACAGAUCCUGCGUGAAAGAUUUCCUAUCUGGACACUUUAUCGUGUCAUCUUCCUUUUUAUUUCUGCUGGAGAUAUUUCAGGUCGGUUAGGGUUGAAAAAGUUGGAGUUCUGGGAAAAAAUGAUAGAUAAAACUAGUUAACUAGGACCAAUUGAUAUCAAGAAUUUGGAAAAUGGGAUUUUUUCUUUUAUGAGCAUUCUGUUUUCCAACCUAAUCUUGAAGAUUUCCUGAAAAAUCUUGUAUUUCACACCGCUAGAAGUCGGAUAAAAAUAGUUGAUCUUGGUCGAAAAACGUUCUUUUUUGGCAGCUUCGAGCUAUAAUUUUUAAGACAUGGUGAAACUAUUGAUGAAAAUUUGCGGAUAAGAACCUAAGGACCUCCUGAUCACAGAUUAUUUAGAACUAAAUGUGAAAAAUCGUAUAGUUUUUGGAAAUAUGACGCUUUGAAACUUUCAAUGGGGAGGGGGCAUAUUUUCAAUAGGAGGGAGGGGCAUAUUUUAGCAUAAUUUUGAGGCACCAUAACUUUAAAACGAGACGAGUUUCAACUCAACUGGUCUGUAACCAGGAGUUUCUGACCAGGGAACGUUUUUUUACCCCCGGUUGAACUUUUGCUGAAGCUUUGCUGAAGUGUACUUUAGGACCUCCUGAUUUCAGAACAAGAAAAAAAUUUAGAUCUUUUUUCCGAGUUAUGGAGCUUCAAAGUGUGCAAUAUACGCAAAUUAGGCCAAAAAAGCGCUAUUCCCUAGUGAGAAACUUUCCCUUCUGAGUGUCCACUAGAGUGUUCUGGUUAACAAAGUCACAAUUUUUUGCAGCACGAGAUCCGGCCAAUGACCGAGUACCUACUGAUAUGGCGUCAACCCAACUUUUUCACUGUCCUUUUGACUUUCCUCCUAUGCUCCCUAAGUUCGUUCUACUGUUUCUGCCGCGUCCUGCAGGAGGUCGACCUGGCGACCGUCGGACUCGCUUUUAACGCCCUCGGAGCUUGCGAAUUCGUGCUAGUCAACUACCUCUACGAAAAUGUGGCCGAUAAGAAGGUCUUCGAGCCGAUUUCGUCGUCAACCGUCUUUCUGGCCUUCCUGUCCGUCCUUCUGAUGAUCUUCGGCUUUUGGAAAGACCGUCACCCGAGAAAUGUCGAAAAGGCUCGGGACAGUUGGGCCUGCAAAGAAUCGUUAUCCUAA